CAGGCCACCGCCACUUCCUGCUCGGCGGGUCCCGGUGCGGCCGGAACAGAAUACCGGGAUCGAGGGAGUCCUGGCGCUGAGUACUGGCACCGGCAGCGAGCGAGCGAGCGAGUCGGUCGGUCGGUCGGUCAGUCCGUCAGUCAGUCAGUGAGUCACUCCCAGUACCGGCAGCGAGUACUGAUACCGAGUGAGUGAGUUCCGGUAUCGGCAGUGAGGUUCAGAUGUGGAAGAGAUAUUCCUGUGAUCUCCUGAAGUGGCCUGGUGUACAUGCUGAGCAAGAGGAAGAGCCCUUCAUUAUCCCAGUCACGUGUGGACCUGAGAGGAGGAGGAGCUGUUGUUUGACCUUCUGAGAAGGAUAGAUCAAAACGCAGACUCCUCACUUUCCAGAAUGUUUGCCGGGUAUGAUGGUUCUGAGAAUACUGAAGUAUAUGAAGAUGAGCUGUAUCCCGAGGAGUCAUCCAGUGAGCAGAGUGUUGAUAGUGAGGUGGAGUUUCAUCUCUAUAGCCAGAUCCACUAUUCCCAGGAUCUUGGAGAAAUCAGUACACUGGAAAUGGAUGAAGAAGCUGGUGUUGCAGAAGUCAUGGGUCAUAGUUCAGGUCUAACUGAGAAACAGGAUGAAGAUGAGAAGCUCACUGAAUUCACUGGUGGUGGUACUCAACUUUCAGAUGAGCCCGAGAUCAUCGUCCUGUCUGAUACACCAGAUGAAGACAGCAUCUACAAAAGCAAGGCAAAGAGGUCAAGAUGCUCUUCAGCUCAAGGUAAAACACAGAUCCACAUGGUAUCCUCCACACCAAAUCACACCAAAGCUGCUGGAUGUAAUGCCCUGUGUCCCCCUGAAUCAGAUGUGGGCACACCAAGGCAGAGAAACAGCACUAGUGGGAGGCCUACCCCUGUCUGUUCUGCUGGACCUCAAGCCAUCCAUGAUGUGUUGGUAAUAGACAACAGCUCGGAGGAGGAGAGCUUGAUCUCUGACAGUGAUAACGUCGAAAGCUGGAUGCUUUUGGGAGCUGGUGCUGAUGACAAGGAUGGAGACAUCAUGUUGAACCUUGAGGGCUGUGCCACUCCUGUCAGCGAAGGAGAAAUUGAUGUGGACUGGUCCAUCUCUCAUAAAGACUUAGAGGCACGGAUCUCCAACUACACGGGUAUGAGGCACAGCAGCAUGCGGUACUACAAAAACGUUACUUGUAGGAACUGCGACAGGCCAGGACAUUUGUCCAAGAACUGUCCCACUCCAAAGAAAGUUCCCCCUUGUUGCCUGUGUGCAGGAAGAGACCAUCUACAGCACAACUGCCCAGCACGUUUCUGUCUGAACUGCUGUUUGCCUGGGCACUAUUUCAGGGAAUGCCUAGAGAGAGCCUAUUGGAACAAACACUGCAACCGCUGCGACAUGAAGGGCCACUAUGCUGAUGCUUGCCCAGAAAUAUGGAGGCAGUAUCACCUAACAACAAAGCCAGGACCCAUCAAGGCAGCUGGUUCCCAGUCGGAGCGCUCUGUGGCCGUGUACUGCUACAACUGUUCCCGUAAAGGACACUUCGGAUACGAGUGCUCAGAGAAGCGGAUGCAGGGAAACAUGUUCCCCAGCUCUCCCUUCGUCUACUACUACGAUGAUGAAUGCGAUAUCAAGAGGAGAGCAAACAGGUUAAAAAGGAAGGUGGCAGACCUGCAGGAAGCUGGCCUUCUGCCGGAACAGUCUGAAACACCGUUGCAGGAAGAACAGCCUGAGGUGCACAGCCACAAGAAAAAGAGCAAACUUUGGAAAGAACAACAUGGGAAGAACAGCAAGAACAGUGAACAGCAAAAGAAGAUGAAGGUGUCCCGGGCAAAGAAACCCCAAGAGGAGAAGCACAGGAGGGGUGUUGAAAUCCGCUGUGAACCGAAGGAGGACUUCCCUCGGGGGUACAAGCAGCAGGUGUGCAAGGGCAGCAGGGUCCGCCACAAGUCCCUUUUCCAGGCAUUCUCAGGCAGCAAAGCCAUGUGUGUGCAGCAGCCUCUGGAAGGUGCCAAAAGGAAGAAGAAAUGGAAAAAGCAGAAAAAUGCUAGUCCUGACAGCAGGGACAAUCUAUUCCUUAUAAAACAGCGGAAGAAGAAGUCCAAACAGAAGUCCUGGUGACAGGGAGGUAGGCAGGUACUGGCACUUGCUGGCUCUGGCUCUGCCUUCUCUUUAUUCCUGUCGCUCUCUUAGCACAUGAAUUUGAGUCUGUCCCUGACCCAGCAUGCUGGGCACCAUCACCCACCCCAUCCAUCUCCACAGCCGCAGGGAACCACUCCAUUUCUGUGAGCUGUCCCCAAGGCAAGCAGGACCCAGUGCUCCUGCCUGGGGUGGUCCUGGAAUAGGCUGUAUGUUUAUUUUCUUUGCUUAGGUGUGUGGGGGGCAAGCUGGGUUUGGCAGGGGUUGUUUCUUCACCUGUGAGGUGGGACUGUGCUGUUGGAGCACAGUGCCUUUGGGGCCAAUGCCAGGGAGACUUGGGUCAGGAGGGGUUGGGGUGGAAAGCGGGAACACGGGUAUAAAGCACAUCCCCUCAGCCACUGGUCCUCUCCAGAGCACAGAAGGGCAUUUGGCAGUUCCCUCCCCGCUGGAAGGGGCAGCCACGUCUCUGCUUUAUGCUCUGGGAAGAAGCAGUCGCCCACUUCGCUCUCCAGUGCGGCACCAUCGACCCACUGCCCUCGGGGCUCAGCUUUCAGGGCUCCAUCCUCCUGGUCCUUACCAGCUGUCAGCAGAGCAGGACUGAGCAGUUGGGCAUGGAACAGAGUUUACAUCUCACACUAAAUCUGUCCUUGUUCCUUUUGAUGUGGAAGCUGUUUCUGGAGAAAAAAGAGCAGAGUAUGAAGAACAGACUUGGUUCCAGUCACACUGUGCUAAAAUUUAAUUUUUUUUAAUACAGUUAUUUUUGUACACUGGAAUUCAGCAUGUUGUUUUAAGGUUUGUAAGAAUAAAAUGCUUUAUCAAAGGACUAACACAAAUAAAACUUCACAUGAGAAAUAUGA